UUUCCAAAUAUCAUCAACAAAUAAGUCAUAAUUUCGAGAAAAAAGGUAGUGAUAGGCUUAAAAAUAUUUUGUAUAAGGCUCGACUCGAACAAAAGAUACACAGUUGGAUACUAAAAGACAUAUGUGAUAGACUUAAUGUGAUUUGGGCCUCUGAAGAAUUUAAGAAGAGGAGCAACACUGGAAAGGCUGCUCGGGCCUCCAAUACAGGUGGCUCAUUACACACUGGAGGUUCAGUUAGUAUGGAGACCCAUCGAAGGAGAAUGGAAAAGGAAAAAGGAAGAUUUGUGACUUAUGCUGAGGUUUUUGAGGACAAACAUAUGAAAAAGAAAAAGGACGGUACAAAAGAAUGGGUCGAGCCGCGUGCUACGAGGACGUAUGAAGCCUAUCAAAAACGUUUGAAGGAAUGGCGUCAAAGUCAACCCGAUUCCGAGGAUGGUAGCUCAACCCAAGUAUCACUCAAUGAUGUAGCUUCAAUAUGGACGCAUGUGGUUGGUGGUGCAAAGAAAGGUAGAACCUACGGUCUUGAAUCACAAUAUUCCGUUGGUUGUCCUACGACAUUGUUGUCUGGUGAGACGAGUAAUUCACAGGAUCAUAAAGAGGUGGAAGCAUUACGAAAAGAAGUUGAAGAGUUGAAGGAGGAACGGAAUGAAGAUCGUGCAAAUUUUAACAAAUUGCAGAGUCUAGUUGAGAAACUUAUGAGCAUGCAUCAAGUUGAUCCUUUGAAUGACGAACGUGACGGGGAUAAUGAGUUUUAGUUUAUCGUAGUUGUGAUGUUUGAGACAUUAUUAUUUGUUAUGGUUGGUUGUUUAGACUUGGUAAAUAUUUAGACUUGAUUAUAAUUGUAAUGUUAAGAUUUGAUUGAA